CGCCCUCCCGGCCCGCCCCACGAGCCCUCACGGCCCGCCCGCGCCGCCACCCCUCAGUCCCGGCCCGCCGCCCGUGCGCCCCGGGAUCCUUCCUUGCGAGCGCGACCCGCGCCCACUAGCUCCCUUCAGCAGCUGCCGUCAGGCCGAGCCCCAGCUCCGGAGCAGCCGCUGCCGCUGCCGGGACAUGGUCGUCUGCGUUCAGGGACCUUGUCCUUUGCUGGCUGUGGAGCAGAUCGGGCAGCGGCCCUUGUGGGCCCAGUCCCUGGAGCUGCCCGAACCAGCUAUGCAGCCUUUACCUGCUGGCGCCUUCCUGGAGGAAGCAGCAGAGGAGUCCCCAGACCAGCCAGAGGGUGAGCCCAAGGUGCUGGACCCCGAAGAAGAUCUGCUGUGCAUAGCCAAGACUUUCUCGUACCUUCGGGAAUCUGGCUGGUAUUGGGGUUCCAUUACGGCCAGUGAGGCCCGGCAACACCUGCAGAAGAUGCCAGAGGGCACAUUCCUAGUACGUGACAGCACCCACCCCAGCUACCUGUUCACAUUGUCGGUCAAAACCACCCGUGGCCCCACCAACGUGCGCAUUGAGUACGCCGACUCCAGCUUCCGCCUGGACUCCAACUGCCUGUCCAGGCCGCGCAUCCUGGCCUUCCCAGAUGUGGUCAGCCUUGUGCAGCACUAUGUGGCCUCCUGUGCUGCAGAUACCCGAAGUGACAGUCCUGACCUUGCAACCACCCCAGCCCUGCCUACCCCUAAGGAGGAUGCACCUGGUGACCCAGCACUGCCUGCUACUGCUGUACACCUAAAACUGGUGCAGCCCUUUGUGCGCAAAAGCAGCACCCGAAGCCUGCAGCACCUGUGCCGCCUCGUCAUCAACCGUCUGGUGGCCGAUGUGGACUGCCUGCCACUACCCCGGCGCAUGGCUGACUACCUCCGACAGUACCCCUUCCAGCUCUGACCCAGCCAAGCAACCGCCUAGCCUCACCCAGACAGACCCUGGAGGGGACACCGGCUCCAGCUGGACUUGGGCUCCCACUAUCACUCCUCCAGUCAUCCUGGUGCCACAUGCAUCUGGCAGCUGGACCAGGAAGGGUCUGCAGGAACAAGUCUGGGGGUGAGGGGUAGGGAGAAGUGUCAUGUGACUUGGAGGUCAGUGCCCCCAGCUCCCAUGUGGCUCCAUUCUGAUGGGCCAUGUGACAGAAGAGGGGACUGGCAGGACCUCGUCUCACCCUGUGGGCUGGGCCCAGGCCCCCACUCACCUGCUGUGGCCUCCUGAACUGCGUAGACUUGGCCGGCCCAGGUUUCUCAGUCCACAGGGUGGGGCAGGCCCCCUCCUUUCAGCCAGGCUCUGUCUCAGGGGGGAUGGCAGCCAGAGGAACUGAGGUUGACAGUGACAGUCCCCUGGUGUGGAAGCAGGCCAGGCUGGGGGAUGGCACAGUUAUAUAGUAUUUAUUUAUUUAUUCUCCUUGGGUUGGAGAGCCAACCCCACCUCUCUCUGCCUGAGCCCUGAGUGCUCCAGAGACCCCAGCCCUGCCUCAGCUUCUCUGGUUCCUUCUGGCUGAGAGCCUCAUCCUGAGAUGUGUUGCUGGAUCCAAGGCAGUCCUGGAUGUCCUGGCGCUGACCCACCCACCUGUGAAGGUGUCCACCCUCUUCUGCCUCCAGCCCUGUUUUGGGAGGAUGGGUGAAAAAACAAGAAAAGGGAGCCAAAGUGUUAGCGCCUUGCAGAGCCUGCCACUCACCCCCUUGCAGGGCAGAGCCCUGUCUGCACAGAGCUGGUCUCACUGGGGCACAGGCCCUGCAUGAGUGUGGGUGCCGUGUCAGGGAGGGGCAUGGUAGUUUGAGGGCUGCCACUCCACCUCUGCUGGGUCUGCUUCCUGCCCAGAAAGGUGCCUGCACAUGAAAGAGGGAAAGAAAAUACAUAUCUGAUAAGACUUUAUAAAAUAAUUAUUUCUAAAAAAAAAAAAAAAAACCCACAGUUUGGUAGUCUUUUUUUUUUUUCACUGAUUUUUCUGUAAUGACAAUAAAAUUGUACCUUCCA